UAAGACUUUCACUUUCUGUAUUUGGCACUCCAUCAUAGUCAAUGUUUGACUGUACUAAUUAUGCUAACUUACAGACAGGAAUAAAUAAUGGGCAAAGAAAACCAAACCUAUCUGACUGAAUUCAUCUUGCUGGGCUUUUCUUCUGAUCAUCGAACCCAGAUCCUGCUGUUUGUGGUAUUUCUCAUCAUCUACUUGUUGACUGUGUUUGGGAAUCUGCUCAUCAUACUCCUAAUUCACAUUGACUCUCGAUUUCACACACCAAUGUACUUCUUCCUUAAAAAUCUGUCAUUUACUGAUCUCUGUUUCUCUACAACUAUUGUUCCCCAGAUGCUAUCCCAUUUACUCAUCAUGAGAAAGACCAUUUCUUUUACUAGGUGCUCAAUUCAAAUGCUUUUCUUCCUAAUAGCAGGGUGUACAGAGAGUUCACUUCUAGCAGUAAUGUCCUAUGACCGUUAUGUGGCUGUCUGCAAGCCCCUGCACUAUUCCACUCUCAUGACCCAGAGAAUUUGUGCUCAGCUGGUCAUGGGGUGCUGGGCCAGUGGAGCAUUUGUGUCUUUAGUAGAUACCACAUUCACUUUAUGUCUCCCAUAUCAGGGACAGAAUAUAAUUAAUCAUUAUUUUUGUGAGCCUCCUGCCCUCCUAAAGCUGGCUUCAGCAGAUACCUACAGCACAGAAAUGACCAUAUUUGCAAUGGGUGUUGUAAUUCUCCUAGGUCCUGUCUCUCUCAUCCUUUUCUCCUACUGGAAUAUUAUCUCUACUGUGAUUCAAAUACAGUCAGAAGAGGGGAGGCUAAAGGUUUUCUCUACCUGUGGAUCUCAUUUCAUUGUUGUUUUCUUCUUCUACGGGUCAACAAUAUUUACCUACAUGCAACCUAAUUUGAAGCAAAUGAAUAAAGGGGAUAAGGUGGUCUCAGUGUUCUACUCAGUCAUAACAUCAAUGAUGAACCCUUUCAUUUAUAGCCUAAGGAACAAGGAUGUGAAGGAAGCAUUUAGGAAAGUAUUUGGAAAAUAGUGUCUCUGAGGCAGUAGUCUAUUUUGGUAUGUAAUCAGAGGGCAGAGACAUUCUAAAGUGGUUUAACAUCUUUAACAGCUUUUUUCCCUGAACUAUCUCUAGUCUGAGACAUCAGCAAAAGUCAUACAGGUGCCCUUGCAUCCCUAGAAGUGUUUUCAGAUUUGUCUAAUGCAGUCUUGCUCAAGCUUAUUUACUGUGGCUGCAACUCACUUACCUCAUAACAGCUUUCUUGGCUGGUAUAUGAAGAAUAUUUUUAACAAUUAAUACAAUCUUUUAUACGUGGUGCCUUACAGUGCACCAAUCCACAUUCACCUAGGGAUGUCCCCUUCUGUCUCUAAACUCCACAGUGGCUUGCUAGACUCAUAGCAUGCCAACAUCAUCUAUAGCUAUCCAUUGCUUUUUGGGAAGUGGGAAAAAUAUAGAGGUACUUUAUUGUUUUCCUGGAAGUGGUUUAAAUGUGGAGUUCACCUCUCACUUCAUGAUCUCUUCUUAAUGUAUCUACAAUAAAGCAAUUAUGGGUGAAGGAUAACAUGAGCCAUAGAAAAUGGGUUGGCCUAGAUAUGAGUCAAAUUUGCUACUUUGACUUCUAGCUGCUAUAGCUUCAACGUCCAUGGCCUGUUGUUACUUUCCAGUAUUGUUUAUUCUAUGUGAUGGUGUCCUUGAUGAAUUGGAUGUAUUGUAUAUAGAACAACUCUGCAUGGGAAAAUAAAUGUGUGCAAUAAUCACUUCACUAUGUACAUAUGAGGUAUACACUGUUUUCAGAUUAUGUGGACUAACAUGUUAAUAGAAAAAGAAGCACUUUGGGAGGCCGAGGUGGGUGGAUCACGAGGUCAAGAGAUCGAGACCAUCCUGGUCAACAUGGUGAAACCCCGUGUCUACUAAAAAUACAAAAAAUUAGCUGGGCAUGGUGGCACGUGCCUGUAAUCCCAGCUACUCAGGAGGCUGAGACAGGAAAAUUGCCUGAACCCAGGAGGCGGAGGUUGCAGUGAGCCGAGAUCGCGCCAUUGCACUCCAGCCUGGGUAACAACAGCGAAACUCCGUCUCAAAAAAAAAGAAGAAGCAGAUCUUUGAUGAAAUUGGCAUUCCGUUUUCAUCAGACACUGAACUAUCUCUAAACGUUGGAUAAUGAAAGUUGGACUUAAGAACUGCAAAAAUGCAAGGUGAUGUAAUUUGGAUUUGUGUCCCCACCCAAAUCUCACAUCAAAUUGUAAUUCCCAGUGUUGGAGGAGGGGCCUGGUGGGAGAUGAUUGGAUCAUGGGGAUGCUUUCGUAUGGUUUAGCACCAUCCCCCUAGUGCUGUCUUAUGACAGAGUUCUCAAAAGAUCUGCUUGUUUUAAAGUGUGUAGCAUUCCCCCCCCGCCCCCCUUCUCCUGCUCCCACCAUGUAAGAUGUGCUCACUUCCCCUUCUCCUUCUACCGUGAUUGUAAGUUUUGGUGAUGCCUCCCCAGAAGCAGAAGCCUGCACAGCCUGCAGAACCGUACGCCAAUUAAACCUCUUUUUCUAAAACCAAAUACCCAGUUUUCGGUAUUUCUUUAAAGCAGCACAUGAAUGGACUAACACACAAAGCUAAUAAUGCAAAGGCUAAUAAUGUACCUAAAAUGUGUGGAUUAAUACACAUUAUAAAUUGAUGUUUCUAAAGUAUUAAGCAGAAUUUUAGGAUCAAUAGGUGGUUUUCUGUAGAUAUACACAGAAAUAUAUGUAUAUAUAUAUAGCCUGUAAUAUCAAAUAUGGCAUAUGAAAAAUCAAAGCUGAGUAUUGUUUUAUUGCAGUAUA